AUUGGUUCGGCAAGCUCAGGGUCAAUAUUUGGAACUGGUGUGGACCCACUAGUUCCCUGCUCCAAUCCUCCACCGUCUGAUUAUCAACUAAAUUGGGUUUUUGGAAACAAGCUAAUUAAUCCUUCAACUGCCACCCAUGAAGAGCUAACAAGCAGCACGACUUCACUGCCUUUAAGCAGUGUUAAUAGUAAUAAGGAAGGGACAGGAAGUCAAACAGUGAAUGUUCCAUCUCUGUACACCAAUCAACACCAGUCAAUAUCCCAUCACACACAUAGUAUGUCAGCCACAGCUUUGUUGCAGAAAGCUGCCCAGAUGGGUGCAACAUCGACUGACCCAAUAUUUCUAGGGAGUUUUGGAUUAAAGUGCAGUAACAGUCAGGGACAAAAGAGUAAUAAGCACUGUGGAUUAAUGUAUGGUUCAAACCCUACAGAUCAUCAUUUGGAUCAGAACUCAACAAACAACGAUGAUAUUUCAACAUGGAACCAGCUGCAGAUGUACCCUGCAGCAAAACGCCGACACACGCUGAGUACUCAUGAUCAAGAUCAAGUUGCAGCAGGUGGAGGGGAAACAAGGGAUUUCUUAGGGGUUGGUGUACAACCUGCCAUCUGUCAUCCACCAUCAAUCAAUGGCUGGACCUGAUUACAUGGGCUUUCUUUUUUCUGGGUGGAAAGCAAAGUUGUUCUUGAGGAUAAUAAAGUGCAAAAGAAAAUUUGAGAAUUUAGUAUUUGGAAACUUUGCAAGAAGGGAAAAGGUAUGAUUGAGCGGGUGACGGAGGGGGUAAAAAGCUUGGUUAGAAAAACUAUUGAAGAGUUGAAAGAAGGGAGAUCCAUGCAUAUUCUGUUGAAGCCCUGAACGCUUUUUAAAAAAAUGGUGGGGCUUUAGUUUUAAUUUUGAGAUAAAAGGAGUGUGGAGUAGUGGGAGCAAGCAAGAAACUCUUUUAAGCUCCAUUAUUGCAAUAUUGUUUCAUCUCUCUCUCUCUCUCUCUCUCUCCCCCUCAUGUGCCUCUUGUCUUGUCAAACACUGGAAUUAAAAGACCAUUUCCAGUGGCAAAUUAAAGCUUUUGAUUCUGGUACAAGUAGGCAUUCAUAUAGGCCCUUUGUUUAAAAUAAACCAA